GAUUGACUUUAUUUUGGCCCGCUUUGAAUAAAUAUCCACCAAAUGUUGUAAUAUCUUUGAAAAACCUUUCCGCAAUGGGUAAUUUAAUGUGAUUGGCUUCAAAUUUAUGCAACAUCGGUUACUUAACAUCGAUAAAAUCCGAUAAAAUCGAUAAAGUUUGUUAGGUGGGCCAAAAUAUAUGAAGUGGCCAAAAUACCUCUGUUACCCUAUUCACGAUCAAAAACUAAUCACUCUCCGAGAGGAUAAAUUUUGAAAAGGCACCCCAUAGUAAAGUAUGACGUAUUCACGUCCACAACUCGACAUUUAUUCAUGCCCGCGACUAACGGACAGGUGCCAGAGAUGCCAUCUUAAAAUAGUAAUCUGUGUUUCACAGAAUCUGAGUAUGCUGCACCGAUUUUUUUUUGCUUCGAUUAUAGUGGUUUUAACCUUAAGGACUUUCGCCUGUUCGGAUCCAAAAACUCUUUAGCAGCCCUUACACGUGACAAUAUUAUUGUCAAUCCAAAGUAUUGUCAAUACCGUCAAUCCAAUUGACUUGGUAACUUGAGUCCGCAUUUUUCGAAAUAAUUAAGCGUUUGAAGCUUCAAAUAUUGCAACUGAACAUUGAAACAUUAGUGGCCCUUACACGAUCAUUAAAAGUGUCAUUACUAAGUAAUGACACUUCUGCUCAAACGCUCGUCAUUACUGCAUUACUGUACAUCAUUACUUUUUAGCAUUACACGUUCAUUAUUAAUGAUGAGUAUUUGUAACUACUCCAGCAAUAGCAAUAUUUUUAUUUUCGUUUAGCUGAAAAUAAAUUUGAUUUGCCAUUGAAACGUUAAGGUUAAUGAAAUAUUAACAAUUUAAAUCUACACUUUGUCAUUUUUUCGCGUAUAGUUCUAAAGAUAUUCAUCACUUCCACAAAAAAAUAAGAAGAAGAAAUAAUGUUGGUAAUGAUGGAAAAUCCACAAUUCCAUCAUUACUGAACUCGUAGACCUUACACGAUCAUUAAAAGUGCCAUUCCUUUUUAGUAAUGACACUUUUAAUGAUCGUCUAAGGGCCGCUAUUGAGAGAAGAGUCCAUUGUACAUAUUUGACAGUUUCCUCUCUGGAGAAAAAGUAUUGUCGGAUUGAUAAGCAGUUUUGAUUUUUUGACAAUAUUUUCGUCAAUCCAAUGAAGUUUCCAUUACACGAUCAAAAGUAUUGUCAAUACUCCUUGUAUUGACAAUAAUAUUGUCUCGUGUAAGGGCUGCUUUUGUUCGGGGUUGGGAAUCGAAUCCAGGUGGGCGAUGCACUUUAUUUUGAAUACACCCAGAAAUAUAAAAAGGACCAACAUAUAUUAGAAUCUUUAAAAUACCUCCGUUACCCUAAGCUUCUAAAAGUCUUCAAUUUGCUAGGGAAAAGACAAUGGGCCAAAAACAGAUUUUUUUUAAAAAAAAUAUGACCGGUGAUAGGUACCGUAUCAAAUAAAAAAAUAUUCCCUACUUUUCUGACUACGUAUAUUUCUCGAUUUUGGGUAAAGCAUAAAUUAGUGUGUAGUCUUAUUUUGUUUUGCUCUCGCGUUUGCUUUCUCGAUACACGCACACUAGAAAAAAAUUUGUUCGCAGCGGGGUGCCAGUGCCAAACACCGUUGUCAAAAUUCAUUCAUCCGCAUCUUCAUUGUUUUAUCAUCAUUCCGUAUCGGAUCUGACACGUACCACUUUGCUUUUUCAUUUCAAAUAAAAACUAGUUGUACCGUAAUCUUCUUUCAAUCCAAGCAUAUACUAAAUCUACCGGUAAUGUUGUCCUAGUGAGUGUACUGCUGCCGGUGAAACACUGACGAUUAUUUGUGAGGCAAAGAGUGAUUUGGAAAGUUUCGUUUACGAAACGCCCGUAUCAUUCAGUAGAAAGUGUAGCAAUGGAACCAUUCGACUUCAUAUUGUUGGUACUUGUUGCUGCAGUUGGGUUUGUCGCUGCUGAUAUCAAUUCCGGCGGGCCACAAAAUCCUGGUCCUGUUAAAUUAUUGGAUGAGGAAGGCUGCUCCCAACUGAGAUCGAUGUGUUCGAAUGUGCCAAUCGGAGCGGAAGACUUAAAGGCACUAGAAUGUGUUCAGAAUUUAUCCCAGGAUCAGGUGGAUUCACUGACCGACGACUGUCAGCACCUGAUUUGGAGUCAUACACUGUCCCUAAUGGAUGACCGUAACAUUCAGCGACUGGUGCAAAAGGGAUGCCCAAAACAUUACGACAAAUUUCCCUGCUUGCCAAAGACUGAACCGGGAUUGUUUUUAGGCUGUGUAAUCGAUUACCGGGACUCAAUCAAAGGCAAAGGAUGUCGGGAAUUUAUUCAGCGGCUUGAGUAUGUUGCAUUUUCUGAUUACCGUUUGAUUGGUCAUUUUCUGAAAGAUUGUACCCGGGACAUCAAAACUUUGGGCUGCGGUAGAAUCAGCAACGACGAUCGGAAAGUUUCUCAGGGUGAAACCAUUUCAUGCUUGCAAAAUCACUUGGACAGCUUAAACGGAGAUUGUAAGCGGGGAGUUUUGCAUCUGUCCGAAAUACAAACCGACGAUGUUAAGCUCGAUAGACAACUUUUCCUGUCAUGUGCGGUUGAUGCUAUUCGAUUUUGCCCUUCGAUUCCGCCUGGUUCGCAGCUAGUGUUAGGAUGCUUAAUGAAAAAUCGAAACGAUGUCGGAAUGACAGACCAUUGUCAGAAGCAGCUGCUAAGAAGAGAACGUCUGAUUGCUCACGAUUAUAAAAUGAGCAAAGGCCUAACGCGGGCAUGCAGAGAUGAUAUUAAACAGCAUCACUGUCGGCGAGGAGUGUCCGAUGAUAAAGAUGUUCGUUUGGCGCAAAUUCUGCUUUGUUUAGAGGCCAUUCAAAAGAACAACACCAAGCUGAAUCAAGAUUGUGUAUCGGAAAUUAACGAUCACCGACGGAUGCUGAUGGAAGAUUACAAACUUUCACCGGAAAUACUGACGGGUUGUGCUGAUGAUAUUGAUAAAUUUUGCAGCAAUUUGGAUGCCGGUGGUAAAACGAUUCACUGUCUGAUGGAUCAUGCCCGGCCAAAGAAGAAAAAGGAACGACGUGUGACGGAAAUAUGCCAGCGCGCUCUGGAAACCCUGGUCAAGGUAGCUGACGUUGGAGAGGAUUGGCGAGUUGAUCCGGUGCUUCGGAAAGCUUGCAAAUCGGUAGUGGAUGUUGCUUGUGCCGACACGGAAGGCGGUGAUGCCCGGGUUAUGUCUUGCCUGAUGGAGAAACUGGGUACGAAUUUCAUGAACGCAGAAUGCGAAUUGAAUUUGCUGCAGAUCGAGUACUUCGUUGCCCGGGACUUCAAACUGGAUCCUCAGUUGUACAGAAACUGCAAAGACGACGCUAUUCGCUUCUGUAAGGCGAAGAAAAACUGGGCUGACUUGGACACGGCACAGAUGGAUCCGGAGCGGGGUCCUCUGAUACUUCCCUGUCUGCAUCGAUACGCGUACCACCCGGAAAAGGAUAUGCAGCUGAAGCAGGAAUGCUUCCAGGAGGUGAAGCGCGUUAUGCGACAGCGGUCCCGCUCUGUCGAUCUGAUUCCUGAAGUCGAAGACGAGUGCAUCGAUGAUUUGGCAUACUUUUGUUCGGAUAAAACCGGCAAAGGGGAGGAAAUGCUUUGUUUACAGGAAAAUCUAGAAAAGUUACAGAAAAAGUGUAAGGAUGCCGUUAGCACUUACACCGAAGAAGAGGCAGCUCAUGUUGAGCUAAAUCCGGUUAUAAUGGCCGUUUGUGGUGAUGCCAUGCAGAAGCACUGUGCGGAGAUUUUGAAAACCGGCAAAGAUGAGGGUGAUGUGAUGGAAUGUCUUAUUUCGUACAAGAACGAUCCGGACUUGCGGAACGACAUCAAGUGUCGAUCGGCAAUCGAGCAUUUCCAAAUCAUUUCCCUCAAAAGCUAUCACUUUACUUACAAAUUCAAAGAAGCCUGCCGUCCGUAUGUUACCCGGUUCUGUCCGCAAAGCAACACCAAGUACGACGUGGUCGCGUGUCUCAGUGAAGUGAUGCGAAACGAUACUAUAAAAGGGUCCAAGCAUUCCAUCCCGAAGGAAUGCCGGCAGCAGGUACGGGCUCAGCUUUACCAGCAGCGGGAGAAUAUUGAUUUUGAUCCAAAACUAAAGAGUGCCUGUCGGGAAGAGAUCAAUGCCUACUGUUUCAACAUUCCGCACGGAUCCGGACAGGUGAAUAAUAACAAUGUCUUGGAAUGUCUACAGACGCACAACGGUAAGCUAGGGGAGCAGUGUCAGCAUGUGCUGUUCUCCAUUAAAAAAUCCGAACUCAGUGACAGCAGCACCGAUUACAUGCUGCUUAACACGUGCAAGGAAAUGAUUCAUCUGUACUGUCGCGAUGCAGAACCGACGGCUGCGUUGGGUUGUCUGAAGAUUCACAAGGACGAGAAUCUGUUCGAUGCGAAGUGCCAUCUGGUGGUGAUGAACCGAAUGAUCGAGCAAAACAUGGACUAUCGAUUCAAUCCGAUUUUGCAGAAUGCCUGUGCGCGGGACAUUGCCGAUCACUGUACGGACAUCGUGGCCAAUGCGAAGGCAAACGAGGAACUUAAUGGUAAAGUGAUUGGAUGUUUGAAGAACAAGUUCCGCGAGGGAAAGUUGCAUACGGAUUGUGAGAAGCAAAUGACGGAGUUGUUGCACGAGCAGGCACUGAACUACAAGUUGAAUCCGUUGCUGCAAAGUGUUUGCCGGGACGAGAUUCAGGUGCUGUGUAGUUCCUCGGUCGAGUCGGGUGCUGUGGAAGAUUAUGGUAAAGUAGAGGAAUGUUUGAAGCAAGCCUUCAUUGACAAAAAGUUGGUGAAUCGAGCUUGUAAGGUCGAAAUAGCCGAAUUGAUUCAGGAGGGUAAGGCUGACAUCUAUGCCGAUCCGAUGUUGCAGCGUGCAUGCGCUGUGGAUUUGCUCAAAUACUGUUCCAAUGUACAGAGUGGGAACGGACGACUUUUAAAAUGCUUAGAAGUGAUUCUUCAAGAUGAAUCCAAGGCGCUGGAUGACGAUUGUAAAACAACUCUAGUGAAACGAAUGGAAAUGUUCCGCAAUGCGGCAGUGGUGAUCCCACAAGCCGAAAGCUUCAGCCAACUGUACACCCAGGUGAUACGGUCGCCAUCGAAACACUACUUUAUGCUUGUGUUGCUCAGUUUUGUCGGCUUUAUCUUCAUCUUUGGGUUGCUGUGUGGUCGCGUUACGCGACGGACAAUUGCCAUGAAGAACAAAUAGUCACAGAGGUGCCGUUUGUUCCGGCACAGGAACACACAAAAGCUGGUCGCUUAUUUGUAAUUAGGUUCGCUAUACUGAACGGAAAGAAUGCUGCUGAGAUGCGACUGACUCCUCCAACCUUUGGCACUCAUCGGCCGUUAUUCGUGUCUGUGUUAUAGAUUUAUGAUCAUUAUAGUUAAGCAUAUUUUAACCAACGUCUUCGGGCAGCUCCUUGGCCAGUGAUAACUAAAAUAACACCUUUUUUUUUCUGCAAUCUUCAUGUUUUUAGAUAACGCUCCUGUGUUUUGUAAUAUAUCUCUUUCAAAUAUCUUCAAAAAAAUAGUUUUGUGUAAUAUUCUAAAGACUACUAAACUAAUUCAAUCAGCAAACAAUGAACCUAAUUUAAAGUGUAGAUCGAAAAUCAAUUAACAAUGAAUGUAAAACAAGAAAUGUAACAUCAUAGAAGACAUUUUAUACGUAGUUUUUAAUUUAUUAUUGUAAGAUUUAUCUUUGAAUGAAAUAAA